AUGAUGGGCGGUAAUGGACACAGUCAGGCGCAGCAGCAGCAUGCUGAUGCUGGAGUUGGUCCUAUUGCGAAUCGCAAGUUGACUCCUCAAGACUUCCGUGUGGUGAGGACGCUGGGCACAGGUACCUUCGCCCGUGUUUGUCUCGUGCGGCCAGCGAAUGCGACAGAGGAGGAGCGCGACACAGUGUUUGCGCUCAAAAUAUUGAGGAAAACCGAAGUCAUCAAGCUGAAGCAGAUUGAUCACGUCCGACACGAGCGUUUGAUCCUCGGCGACGUCGCUGGCCACCCCUUUAUUACCAACCUCAUCACCUCCUUUUCCGACCGCGACCAUCUUUACAUGCUGUUAGACUACGUUCCUGGUGGCGAGCUGUUCAGCUACUUGCGCAAGUUCAGGCGGUUUGAGGAGCAGACGGCGCGCUUCUACGCUGCAGAAAUCGUCCUUGUGCUUGAGUACCUCCACGAGCAACAAGGGCGAGUCGCAUACCGCGAUCUCAAACCGGAGAACCUCCUACUGGACCAGGAUGGUCACAUCAAGCUGGUCGACUUUGGUUUCGCAAAGAGGUUAAGCAACAGUGCUGGACAGCCAACCGAGACAUACACGCUCUGCGGCACCCCCGAGUACCUCGCGCCGGAAGUGAUCCAUAACAAGGGCCACACGACAGCGGUGGACUGGUGGGCGCUAGGUAUUCUGAUAUAUGAGUUCUUGACGGGUUACCCUCCGUUCUGGCACCAGAACCCAAUCGAGAUCUACAAGCAAAUCGUUGAAAAGCCGGUCAUGUUCCCGCACGAUCCGCCAGUAUCUCCCGAAGCACAAGACCUCAUCAGAGCCUUCUGCACCGUAGACCGGUCACGAAGACUGGGCAACAUCAGCGGAGGAGCCGCCAAGGUCAAAGAGCAUCCCUUCUUCCGUGGAAUCAACUGGGAUGAUCUGUAUCAUCGGAGGGUCCGUGGUCCCAUCAUUCCGCCGAUUCGAUACCCAGGCGACGCGCAAUGUUUCGACAUUUAUCCCGAAGAUGACGGCAAGCGGGAAACGUACACGGAAGACAUGGUCCAGAAGUAUGAUCAGUACUUCAAGGACUUCUGA